AUGUUCGCUGCUAGACGUUUCGCUGCCUCAUCACGGCGACUUGCUGCGCAGCAGCCGCCCCGUCGUUUUGGCUCCCACUCCGCCCACGCUGAGCCCGUGAACGAAGGCCUCGGUCGCAGCUUCUACGUCACCGCUGGCAGCAUCGCCUCCGCAUACAUCCUCUACCGCAUCGGCAGCCAGGACUCCGCCUCGGAGUCGUGGAUCUCUGGCCUGAUCAGCAAGUUUACUCCCUCGGAGAAGGACUUUGAGCAGCGCAAUGCCAUUCACACUGCUCUUAUGGAGAAGGCUGCUGCGGACCGCCACCUCCUCCAGAGUCAAGGACCCCGCGAGUCCUAUGACUUGAGAACCCCCGAGAUGCUCAACUCUCGCUUCCCCUACAAUGUUGCCCCCGGUUCCCAGGCCGACUUGAGCAAGGUCAAGGCUCACUACGAGCGCCAGAACAGGGAAAUUGAGGCUGCCGGCGCUACGCGGGAGAAGCUCUACGACUAA